GAGGCGGCUCCCGAUGCGCUGUGGGCAUUUGGAGCUCGGCGCCAUUUCGCGUCUCUCCGGCGACUCUCGGCGGCCUCCGCGCGUCGUCGUUUUGUCGUCUCCCCUUCGUCUCGCCUCCGUCUCAUCUUCGUCUCUCCUCCUCUUCGCGAGCGUCGUUGACGACAAACGCGGCCAUCAUGUUGAAGUUCUUCGGCGGCGGCGGCGGCGGCAAGAGCAAGACGUCGGUGACGCCGCAGGAGGCGCUGCAGAAGCUGCGCGAGACGGAGGAGAUGCUCGCCAAGAAGCAGGAGUUCCUCGAGAAGAAGAUCGACACCGAGAUCGCCACGGCGCGAAAGAACGGCACCAAGAACAAGCGCGUCGCUCUCGCUGCGCUCAAGCGUAAGAAGCGCUACGAGAAGCAGCUGGCACAGAUCGACGGCACGCUGUCCACCAUCGAGUUCCAGCGCGAGGCACUCGAGAACGCCAACACCAACACCGAGGUGCUCAAGACGAUGGGCUUCGCCGCCAAGGCCAUGAAGAAUGCGCACCAGAACAUGGAUAUAGACAAGGUGGACGAGCUCAUGGGCGACAUCCACGAACAGCAGGAGUUGGCGCAGGAGAUCUCGGACGCCAUCUCCAAGCCCGUCGGCUUCGGGGACGACAUGGACGAGGACGAGCUCAUGGCCGAGCUGGAGGAACUGGAGCAAGAGGAGCUGGACAAGGAGCUUCUAGCAGUGGGCGGCAGCCAGCUCCCCAGUGUGCCCACCGCCUCGCUGCCAUCCCGGCCUGCAGCCACCAAGAAAAGGGAAGAGGAAGAUGAUGAUGACAUGAGGGAUUUGGCUGCCUGGGCCAACUGAGCCACCCCCUGCUCCCUCCACACCGUCCCAGGUCUCUUCCCAACCUUCCUCCUGGGCGCCACACCCCCACCCCCGCCCCUUCCUCCUGGGCAGGUUUCCCAAUUCCUAUGGGCAAGGAGGGCUCGGCUUGGCCCUUUGCAGCUCAACAACAGGGAGCGCGCGCAGACCGUGCACCGAACUGCGUCAACGCUAGUGGCGAGAGAUCACGGCGCGUGCUCUUACAAAAGAGAAGGGCCGUGGUGUGGAACACUUUUAACUUUUUGGCAUUGAAUCCUGUACCAUGCAUUUGUGUCGUGGUAUGAAUAUUUAAUUCACCGACCUUCACAAUCAAAAUAUGACUGUAGCCCUAUUAACUUGAUGCUUUUAACAUUCGGAAGCACGCCACCUACAUUUGCAGCCAGAAGCAAAAUGUUUCCCCCGAGUGCAGCGGCAAAGCAGAAGGUGUAAAGGCUUCUUAUACAAGAGGAAGUAGCAUGGUAAUUUCAGUGAUAAUUUUAAUCUAAUUGACCAAAUCCAAAUGCCCUGUUAAUGUGACCAUGAUCACCUAUUCUUAAGGCUGCUUACCACCAUCCAGCAUACAAAAAACAACCAACAAAAUUCAAAUUGCAGUUUCUAAGCCUGAAAAUGAGCCCAAAAACAUAUACCCUUGUAGGUGAAAAUACAGAUAAGCAUUGCGUGCCUUUGUUUCCCGGCGCCUUAAGCUAGAUUUUUGAGUGUUGUGUACAAAUGGCCAAGUAAUCCUGUGCUGGAAACUUUAUGCAUUUCCCCCAUAUAUGAGGCCAGGGGCCGUGAGACCAAGGCAAACAGGUUUGCCUAAAUUCUGUCACCAGAGUGUGGCCUGUCAAACAAAUUAGGUUUUGGAUUUACAUUGAGUGCCUGAAAUGCAGCAGCAUCUCAAGGCGCUGUACAAACCAUGGAAUGAUAAGGGUCAGUCGUGGGGAAAACCAAAGCAAAUUGGAAAAACAUCCUGUUGGGUUGCCCUGCACAAACACCACGAGGCCCACUGAAUGCAGUAAAGCAAGAUCACAAUUUAUUAUCCACUGUCAUGAUGGAUUGUGGGUAAUCGCCACAGUCCACCAUGGCGGAUGGCAAUGUAAAUAUUAGACAACAAGUCAAGGGCCUGGUGGAGAUUCUAUUUGCUACUAUAAGUUGUAUCCCGUGUGAGUCUGGUUUGUCUUUAUGGUUUGCUGCUAAAGUCAGGUGCUCAAUUGUGAUCGAUUCAAUCCCAAAUUGUUUUGAGUGCAACUUUGGUGUUUCUUGAAGAACAUUUCCAAGUUGCACCCAUUAACAUUCUUCAGCACUUUUGAAUUUGUCUAUGGCCGAGUCCAUUGCCAAUCCAACUUGAUCUUGUGACUCCAAAUUGUUCCCGAUUAAAUUCCUAGUACCUCUUUAUGUAAUUCCUAAGUUGCCUAUCAACGCUGUAUUUUUUUCCUAAUUAAAUUACGAGUUGCUCUCGCUUUCAUUGCGGGUGGUUUUCUAUUUAACUUAGUUGCUAGCUUAAUAAAUUACAACAUGAACUUUAUUUUCUUUAAGGUCGAAGUUGCUGUUGGUUUAACUACAAGUUGCACCAUGCACAUUUCUUUAAAAACAUUUUUACAGUUUAAUAUCAAAUUUCGAUUUAAAGCUUUCGUGACUGCAGGGAUUCAUCUUCUUGGUUCUUUCGGUAAAGUCACGUAGAAGGGAAGUAAUAAAAUAAUAAAAAUAAAACAUAAUAAAACAAUUAUAAAACAUAAUAAAACAACAAUUCUCACGACGUCGUGAGAAUUGUUUUAUUAUGUUUUAUUUUUAUUAUUUUAUUACUUCCCUUCUACGUGACUUUACCGAAAGAACCAAGAAGAUGAGUUUAAUAUCAAGUUGGUUCCAUUUUUAUUGAAGUGUGAUGGUGCCAAGCUGCUGCCCAGUGGGAGCUGAAGGGCCGUUCCGUACUCCGCCUGUAGUAGUUUCUCAACCCCUUCUCCCGUGCAUGAUAAUUAAUCACUCCUCCCACACCCCCCCGAGUUUCUUGCGGUCGCGAAGCUUGAUUGCUUGAUUGGAACUUUUCUGGUGAAGGGAGAGGCGGCACCGACCGCGGUUGCUUAUUAACGGAUGGUGUCGGAUCAAAUCAAUUUCUCGAUAAUGCAACGGUUUAAUUUAGUCCUGGGCUAUGGCAUUUAAAUCUGUAUAUAUGAAAUGUAUUUUUUUUCUUAUAAUUGCUGUUAUUGUUAGAUGUAUUUUGCUAUACGUACAUUUUGCAAUGUACAGCAGCAAAGCAUGUAUAUAGUUACUCUUUGUAAAUUAAUCUGAAUAAAAGUGUGCAACUUUA